AUGAUACCAGAGAACCUAGUCUGUUCGAUAUGCCAUCUAAACGAACAUAAGUAUACAUGUCCUGCGUGUGGGGUGAAGACAUGCUCAAUUAACUGCGUUAGAAGACAUAAGAGACAAACAGAAUGCAGUGGACUAGUAGAUCAAUCCAAAUUUGUACCGAAGAAGAUAUUAUCACAGGACGAAACCCACAUCAACAGAGACUACAAUUUUCUCAUGAAUGUGGGACGACAAAUACAUGUUGGUAAAGGAGACAUAAAGAGUAGUGCUAAAAAUAUAUUUAAACGUCAAUUUGGCGGAGGGAACCAGAAUAAGAACAAACGAUUCAAGGGUAAUAAUGCCGAUGCCCAAGAAAUUGUAGACAGUAGAAUUGAAUGUGUAAAAAACGCAUUUUCUCAGGAACCUACUACGGUGAUCAAAAGAAAUAAUACCAUGAUUAUUCAACUACCACCGGGGAUGUCCAGAGCAACUUCGAAUAAAACUGGUUAUGAUAAGAAGGCAGGGUCGUUUAUAUGGACUGUCGAAUGGGUAGUUAUAGAUGAUGCUGGUAAUGAGAAAGAUCGGUUUAUAAGUUAUAGGUUGAAGGAACAUUUGUUAUUGAGAGAUGCGGUCCCAAUGAACAUCUUGAGUAAUGCAGUUUCCGUCAACGAAGGGGGAGAUUCUGCAAGAAAUAUUGACAAAAAGCAGUUGCAUUUUUAUUUGGCAAAUGUUGUCGGCAACGAUAAAACGAAAGACUCGGUCCUUCACUUGAAUGAAGCUGAUCUGAUCUCCGACGCCCUUACCAAUAAGAUUGUACUAGAAUAUCCUACCAUAUACAUUACAUUCAAUGCUGAUACGUGGAAGAAUCGCAUAAUAAAGGAAGAGGAAGCCUAUAACUAUGCGAAGCCGGAUAGUCUGUUUGAAUCUGGCUCCUCAGAUGAUACCGACAGCAGUGGUUCCAGCGAUAGUGAUUCCGACAGUGACACUGAAAGCGAUUCUGAUGAAAAGAAUACCGAUAAUGAAAGCGACUCAGACGAAGCUCCAGAGGAAUCUUCUUCCAAACCUCUCAAGGUAACAUUCGACGCUGAUUUAGAAGCUCCAACACAGGCUGUACCUGAAUAA